UAUUUCUAUUAUAAUUUCACAGAUGAUGAAUUUUACCGUCAUCCGGCGGGCCACACCUGACCAUCCCAAGGGCCACAUUUGGCCCGCGGGCCAUGAGUUUGACACCCCUGUGCAGGACGCUAGCAUACUAGACAAUCAGAUGAGAGAGCAAGUUUGAGUGACUUGAUACAGAGAGGAUCAUUGUUUGUGCAGUUCCCACCACAGUUAAGGUGAUGAUGCCUCCCAAAAGUACGACUUACUUACUGAAGCAACUUCGCUUACUGAUGAAGAACACGACCUAUGUUCCAAAAGCUCUACAUGCUUAUAUCAUUCCCUCAGGAGAUGCACAUCAGAGUGAGUACAUAGCAUCGUGUGAUCAACGUCGAGCUUUUAUCUCCGGAUUUACUGGAUCAGCCGGAACAGCUAUUGUCACUGAUACUGGUGCUGCACUCUGGACUGAUGGCCGCUAUUAUCUACAAGCAAGUCAAGAAAUGGAUGAGAAUUGGACACUAAUGAAACAAGGAUUGCCAAAGACUCCAAGUGAAGCCAAAUGGUUAAACAAGACAUUAGAUGUUGGGUCGGUUGUUGGCGUUGACCCUUAUCUACUUGAGUCAGAGUGGUGGCGGGACUUUGCCAGGGAGCUACAGGGAGGUGGACAUUCCAUUAUUCCUGUACCAGAAAACCUCAUUGAUAUAAUAUGGAAUGAACGGCCGCCUCGUCCAGCCAAGUCUGUUGUUCCACUUGAGGUAAAAUACACUGGACUGAGUCAUACAGAGAAAGUGAAACAGAUCAGAGAAGACCUUGUAGAAGAGAAUGCCUCCAUGCUUAUCAUCACUGCUCUUGACGAAGUUGCUUAUUUGUAUAACCUGAGGGGAUCAGACAUUGAAUACAAUCCAGUGUUUUUUUCAUAUGCUGCACUGACUCAGAAUGAAGCUUUUUUAUUCAUCAAUAAAGGUCAGCUAACUUCAGCUGCAAGGGAAUCUCUGCAAGAAAAAGAAGUCAAAGUAAUUAUUAAGCCAUAUGAGGAUCUUCCUAAGUUUAUUGAUGAACAGGUGCCUCUGCAGUCAGGAAAAAUUUGGGUUUCCAACCAUGCCUCUCAUGCAGUAACUCAAAUGAUCCCAGAAGAGAAAAGGUUGUCCAAACUUUCACCAGUGGCUGUAAGGAAAGCCAUCAAAAACUCUACGGAGAUUAAAGGAAUGGAGGAAUGCCACAUCCGAGAUGCAUCAGCUCUGUGUCGCUACUUUUCUUGGCUUGAGAAGGAGGCCAUCAAAGGUACUCAGACUGAAAUCUCAGGUGCUGAUCAACUGCAGAAGUACAGAGAGGAACUGGAAGACUUUGUUGGAUUGAGCUUCUCAACAAUAUCUUCAGUAGGACCAAAUGCCUCCAUAAUUCACUACUCUCCUUCUCCUGAAACUGACCGCAUUGUUACUACUGAUGAUAUCUAUCUCUGUGACUCUGGUGGACAGUACAAGGAUGGGACAACAGAUGUCACUCGUACGCUAUAUUUUGGGACCCCUUCCAAGUUCAUGCAGGAAUGCUACACUAGAGUUCUGAAGGGAGUGAUAAGCAUGGCAACUUGCAUCUUCCCCACAAAGAUCAAGGGAAACUGCUUGGACACACUUGCUCGAAAAUCACUUUGGGAUAUCGGCCUAGACUAUGGCCAUGGCACUGGUCAUGGAAUAGGAAUGUACCUCAAUGUUCAUGAGGGCCCAAUGGGAGUGUCAUGGCGCUCUUAUCCUGAUGAUCCAGGCCUUCAAGAAGGCAUGUUCCUUUCAGAUGAACCUGGAUAUUACGAUGACGGGAAGUUUGGUAUCCGCAUUGAAAAUAUUGUAAGGAUUGAGAAGGCAGAGACUCGAUACAACCACCGGGACCGAGGCUUCCUCACCUUCAAGACUGUUACUCUAGUACCCAUCCAGACCAAGCUCAUUGAUCCAUCACUGAUGACACAGAAAGAGAUCAGUUGGCUUAAUGAUUAUCACGCUGAAUGUCGGGAAAAAGUGGGAAAGCUCUUACUUCAGGAAGGACACAAGGAUGCCUAUGAUUGGCUUGUUCGGGAAACUGAGCCCAUUGGUUAGUUACUGUACUGUAGUGUUCAAUGAGCUGGAACUCAAAAGAAGUGAAGAAUGGAAUUAAAUUGUUUUGUAAAAUCUUUUAUAGAGAAGACCAAAAUUCAAUGUACAGUAUUUGUAUCCAUUAAUUGCUAGAUGAUUUACUUCUGAAUACAAUUAAACCUUGAUUAUGUGGGCUGUAUCGGGCUGACCCUUUUCUGCAGAAGUUAGAAAAAUAAAUUAGCUGGGGAGAAGUUAUGGUAGUCAUAACUUGUACAAAGAUGUCUAAUGUAAAAACACAAAUUCUAGUGCCUGUACUCACAAAGUGAAAAUGCUGUGUUAUGUGGUGAGUAGCAGAGCUGUGGUGAGGCCUGGUAACAGCACAAGUUGUUGGUGUACCGGUGCCAGAUCUUUACUGUACUUUUAUACUUUACACAGUUAAUUAGUUAGCCAUUAUACCUAACCCUAAACUCUAAUUUUGAUACACAACUGCUAUACUUUUCUUACUGAGUGGUAAAUAAGCUCUUCAUAAUGUAAUGGAAUGCAGUAACUCUUUUCUAUCUUUUCAGUAUGUAUAGCUGUCCCUAGUACGGUUAUACGUCUGUUUUAAUCAUUUUCAGAAUCAAAAGUAAACACCACCUUCACCUCCCAAAUGCUGUUCUCAUACACCCACUAAGCCAUCAGUCUUGACCUAGGAGACCAUACAGUACUCUGCUUUACUAGCCAGGACUAGUCUUAAAGUUAAUCUGUUCACUCCUACUGCAUUAAUUACAGUGAAAAGGGAAGUAGAAGCAAAGGUUUAUUGUCUCUCUAUGUAUUUGUUGUCGUGUGUAUGACUAAUAAUUUUAAUAUAAAAAAUGUAAAAAAUUUUGAAGAGCACAACUUUAGUGAUACAGGUUGACAAUCCCUUAUCCGAAACCCUUGAGGCCAGAGGCAUUUCGGAUUUCGGAAUUUUUUGGUUUUCUGAAUGGUUAGUUUUUUUAGCCCACCCAGGCAUAGAUCACUGACCCACAUUG